CCCACUUGAAACAUUGAUCGAUGCCGAGCCUGCUCUCGCACUCACUCGGGUGUGCCGAAUUCUUUGGCUUUGGCUUUGGACUUCCUUCGUCUUUUCGUCUGCGAUGCCGUUCAUCUUCCACACCUGAUCGCACCUAACCCAUGGGCAUUCACGCGUCAGAGGGAGCCCAACAGGAGGAUUGCUGCUUUAGUAGUAUAUGACGGCUGGCGUCGCUUCUUCUGCUUCUGACGAUACUCCUCGAGCGGGUGGGAUUGGCGUUGAUUGGAUGGGUCGAAAUAAGUCGCGGGAACCUGAUGAAUUUGUGAGACGUGGCCGCGGUGGUGGUGUUUUUCGUGGAUUGAGGCGCCGGACCGGCUUCGUGACUGUUGAGAAUGGUUCCAGUGCGGGGUUGUUAGUGGGACCUUGACGAUGGCAAUAAUUUGAGGUGUUGUGCAGGUUAGUGGGAUUUCGUUCUCAAGGUGUAGUUUGGUGUAGAUCUCGUGUGUCGACGACUGGGUUUUGUGUGAAUGGAGUGGGUUGUCGUUGUCUGUGGCAUUGGGUGCAAUAGAGUCGGUAACCAGGGGUUGGAGACCGUGUUCGGUAUCCUGUGAGUGUGUAUAUAUUGGUAGACUGGACAGCGGAAGGACGCAACUUUUGUCUCGCUCCGGUUCUACUUGUGAAUGGUGGUGGUGGCAACUAUCUUGCGCUCGGGACCUGAUCGAAAUAGCGAAGUUACAUUUGUGUAGUGAUCAUUUUCAGCGUAAGUACCUCUAGAGUUGGUUGCCCAGGAUUGAGACGUGCAUUCACGAGGUUUCUAGGACUCCUCUACCUUAGAAUUCUUUACUUUCACGCGGAGUUGAAGUCUAACCCGAAGACUUCAACUAAUCCGGAAUUGUUCCAAACUGAAAGACGGCGACCGAUUGUAACAAAGUCAAGUAAGAUAAAAGCAGCUUGCAAAUAUCUAAAUUCAAGCGCCAGUUAAUUCUGGAGUCGAUCAUAAAACGGAUGUUACAGAAGCAAUCGUAGACAGCGAGGUGAAAGAUGGGUCGAAAUAAGUCGGCCGGACCGAAGGGUGCAAUUGUGGGAAGCGGGGGUACAACUCCCUUGUUCGGUGCAAGUCCUGUGCACAACACCUCCAACUAUGGAAGCCCGCAACCAGCCUACGUUGGUCCUCCGGCGUAUGCUCCCUACUCACCCAGCGCGCCACCAAUAUACUCUGCGCCGGGGUAUGCAGACCAGGAAGCCGGGACCGGCCCUCAGAAGCCCCGAAUCAAGCAGAAUAGGACGUGCAGGGACAUUCUCUUCCUCAUCUUGUUCCUUGCCUACGGCGUUGGCAUUAUCAUUGCAUCCAGCUACGGAUUUCACAACGGCGAUCCCCGGAGGCUUGUGUAUGGAUUGGACUACAAAGGUAACACAUGCGGUGACAAUAAAGGCUCACCUAAUCUCAAGGACUACGACAUCCGGUACUGGUUGAACCCCAAUCAAGUGUACAAGAGCGGGCUGACUUCUGAUCCCUUCAAUCUCGGCGAUGCGCGCAGCAUUUGCCUUGCGGAUUGCCCUAUCCCAAGUGCCACAAACCUCACUUGGGUAUGCGACUAUCCUGAAGGCCCCAUAAAGCUGACCAUGUCGGAGUGGGGUGCUCGCAACUACGAUUACUUCAGCAUGCUUACGCCGGAGCAGCAGGCAUCUUCUUUCAAUCUGACUGGUCCCUGCUAUCCUGUUCUCUUCACUAGCACCAAUUUGUUCUGGAGCUGUCAACUGGCCUCGACGCCCUCGAACACUUCUUUGAGUCUUUGGCAAUCAGCUGGCGGCACUGAAGUGCAAUCCGGGAAUGUGAUAGUCCAAGUGGUCCAGAAAGCAUUAUCCUCUCCGGCCGCUAUUGUAAAGAGAUAUGUUGCAGAUUUGGGGAGGGCGUGGCCAGUUCUUGUGGUUUGUGGUGGCAUAGCUCCAUUAGUCCUUUCCAUUGCGUACCUUGUCCUCGUCCGGUACUUCGUCGGUGUAUUGACGUGGAUUACGAUCAUCCUGCUUAAUGUUCUCACAGCCCUGGUGACAUUGUUCUUUUACAUCAAGGCUGGAUGGAUUGGCAAGGAUGUUGUGACGGGUGUCAUAGGAGAUGGAGCCAACAAAGUCCUCUCGUCUUCUGCAAGCGAGGCUAACCAUUUGAAGAUCGUGGCGGUGAUCAUGUCAAUCGUUUUUGUGGUUGUAGUACUUGUCACGCUCGUCUUGAUCAAACGCCUCAUUAUUGCCGUUGCAGUAAUCAAGGUAGCUACAAAGGCGAUGGGAGCAAUUCCAAGUCUCCUCAUAUACCCUAUAAUUCCAUUCAUUUUCCAGAGUGCAUUCUUAAUCUACUGGGUAGCAGGGUUUCUCUACCUCGUUAGCGCAGGCACAGUGACACGAAAUAACUGUAACAACAGUUGUGCGGCAUAUGAUCUCACUGCUGGGCUAGUGACUGAUACCAACUGCUGUGGAUAUGAUGUCCACCAAAGCAAAAACCUCGUGUGGGCUAUAUUGUAUCAGAUUUUUGGGUUUUUCUGGACUACCCAAUUCAUCACUGCGUGUUGUCUAACAACAAUCGCCGGUGCAGUAGCCGCGUACUACUGGGCUAGAGGCGACACAGCUAACAUGGGUUGGUUGCCUGUUCUAUCAUCGGCAAAGCGCGUGUUCCGGUACAGUCUGGGAUCAAUGGCGUUGGGUUCUCUACUCGUGGCAAUCAUCGAGAUGAUUCGGUUCUUGUUGGAGAUGCUGCGGAAGAAGCUCAAGGCAUUGGAAGCGGCACCGGGUGGAUGCUUCAUUACAAUCUGCUGUUGUUGUGUGCAGUGCUGCUUGGGUUGCAUCGAGUGGACCAUUAAGUUUAUCAACCGAAACGCUUACAUAGUGAUUGCUAUCAAUGGCAAAGGCUUCUGUCGCGCCGCAGGAAAGGCAACAGGGUUGAUAGUGAAUAACGUCUUGAGGGUUGCGGCUGUGAAUAUUAUUGGUGACAUGAUAUUAUUCCUAGGGAAAGUUGUUGUGAGCUUGGCCAGCGCUCUCUUUGCCUUCUUGAUGCUCGACACCAAGCAGUACAAAACGGGUCACAGCAAAGUUUCUUCUCCUCUCUUCCCUGUGCUGUUCUGCUGGUUUAUAGGCUUCCUUGUAGCUGGCAUGUUCUUCGGCGUAGUAGAGAUGGCAAUCGACACGAUUCUGCUGUCCUUCUGCAUUGACUCUGAGGAGAAUAACGGCACUCCCAUGUUCGCCCCGCCGUUGCUUCUGGAUACGCUCACGUCCCACGCCAAGCGAGUGGAAGCAGACGAAGCUGCGCGCGCUGAAAAAGCUGCCCGCAAGCAACAAGCCAAACGGUAGCCUGACCUCUGUACAUGCUGAUCGCUGCGUGAGUUUCAGGAGGAAAUGACUAAGCCAACAGACGGGGCUCACUUGCUUACACCCAACAUCACAUUGUGUGCUUGCUGAUAAACAUCUUGUAUAGGACUGAUUUUUUGCCAUUGAGGUCAAUAGAUUGCUGCAGCUUGUGUAGCAAUCUCCACUGUGGAAGCUCUGUCAAAAGGUCACUUGGGCUGAACUUUUACUUAAACACAAAUAUGCAUGCAUGUGAGUAUGAAUAAAUUGCACGCCAAUUGACCUUUUCCCCA